GGCGCUGCGUCUCUGCGCGCGGCCCGGCCCCGGCUUGUUACUCAGCGGCCGCGGCUGAGGCAGGAGGCGGCGGAGCGACAUCCCGAGGCGUUGCUGGUGCAGCACCAAAGAGAGGACAGGUCUCCCCCUCUCUCCCGAACUCGGCCUCCAGGAAGCUACUCAGAAAAGAAGGUGAUAAUCAUUCACUGAAGGGGAAACUACUACAGCCUUGUUUAUACAGAAGGUUGAGAGUGAAUUCUGGAUGAAGCACUCUAACUAAAUUGUCGUCAUGAGCAGAAGCAAACGUGACAGCAAUUUCUACAGCGUAGAGAUUGGAGAUUCUACUUUCACUGUACUGAAACGAUAUCAGAAUUUAAAACCAAUAGGAUCAGGGGCACAAGGAAUAGUAUGUGCAGCCUAUGAUGCCAUCCUGGAACGAAACGUUGCAAUCAAGAAGCUAAGCCGGCCAUUUCAGAAUCAAACCCAUGCUAAACGAGCCUACAGAGAGCUUGUUCUCAUGAAGUGUGUAAAUCACAAAAAUAUAAUUGGCCUGCUGAAUGUGUUCACACCACAGAAAUCUCUGGAAGAAUUUCAAGAUGUUUACAUAGUGAUGGAGCUCAUGGAUGCAAAUCUCUGCCAAGUGAUUCAGAUGGAGCUAGACCAUGAACGAAUGUCGUACCUUCUUUAUCAGAUGCUGUGUGGUAUCAAGCAUCUUCACUCAGCUGGGAUUAUCCAUAGGGAUUUAAAGCCCAGUAAUAUAGUAGUAAAAUCAGACUGCACUUUGAAGAUUCUUGACUUUGGACUGGCCAGAACUGCAGGAACUAGUUUUAUGAUGACGCCUUAUGUAGUGACUCGUUACUACAGAGCACCAGAGGUCAUCCUAGGGAUGGGAUACAAAGAAAACGUUGACAUUUGGUCAGUUGGGUGCAUCAUGGGAGAAAUGAUCAAAGGUGGUGUUUUAUUUCCUGGUACAGAUCAUAUUGAUCAGUGGAAUAAAGUUAUUGAGCAGCUAGGAACACCAUGCCCUGAAUUCAUGAAGAAAUUGCAGCCAACAGUGCGGACUUAUGUGGAGAACAGACCUAAAUAUGCUGGAUAUAGUUUUGAGAAACUCUUCCCAGAUGUACUUUUCCCAGCUGAUUCUGAGCACAACAAACUUAAAGCCAGUCAAGCAAGGGACUUGUUAUCAAAAAUGCUGGUUAUAGAUGCUUCUAAAAGAAUCUCUGUGGAUGAGGCUCUGCAGCACCCAUACAUCAAUGUCUGGUAUGAUCCAUCUGAAGCAGAAGCACCUCCACCAAAGAUACCAGACAAGCAGUUAGAUGAAAGAGAGCACACAAUAGAAGAAUGGAAAGAGUUGAUAUACAAGGAGGUCAUGGACCUGGAGGAAAGGACCAAGAACGGGGUUAUACGUGGACAACCAGCCCCUUUAGCACAGGUGCAGCAAUGAUCAAUGGUUCACAACAUCCGUCGUCUUCAUCAUCUGUCAAUGAUGUGUCUUCAAUGUCAACAGAUCCAACAUUGGCCUCUGAUACUGACAGCAGUCUGGAAACAUCCGCUGGACCUCUGGGUUGCUGUAGAUGACUACUUGGUCUUUUAGGGGGGAGGGGAGGGGAGUCCUUUAGUCAUUGAUAGGGCACCUUUAAGAAAAUCAGUGGUAUUAUUUUUGAGUGUUUUUUCAAAAAUAAUUGUAGGAUUCAUUUUAAAGUGCUGUAAUUUUAAACUGUAAGUUGUGUUAAAAGCAGCCACAAAAAUGUAUUUUUUUUGCUGUAAUUAACUCUGUAAAAUAUUAAACCUGAUAAUUUUAUCAUGGUUUUAAAAAAUCUGCAUAUUUGCUUUACUAUUAUGCUGCUGAACUUUUUUUUACUGAAUUUGUAAGAUUUGUUUGAUCAAAGCACACAUUAAUGUUGUCUCGCCGUAUCAUGUAUUAUUUAAGAUUUUAUAGGUUUUUCAAUUUUUUUAUUAGAAUUUUUUCCAAAUAUUUUGUUCAUGAUUAUCCUUCAAAGUUAUAUGCUUGGUCACUUGUCUUACCCAUGUGGAAGAGAAAAUAAUACAUUGUAGCCUGUCAUAGCUUUGGGUAUAGCUACUGUAGUGGUAGCAGUGAAUACAGAAUCCUUUAAUUCUGUCUACUUGCCUAUGACAAUUGAAUAAAAGCAGCAGUUAGUGAGUUUCAUUAGGGAAACCGUUUAUGACCCAUGGCAAAGUCACCUCAUCUGAGAGGCAAUAUAAACAUAAAGCAAAGCAUAUCUUUAUAGCUGCAGAAGUAUCCAGCCUGCCAAAAGGAGAUGGUGGCAGAACUGUGGCAUGCUGAAGCUUAUGAUCUCAAAAAACAAAAAGAGGAUACUUCAUGAAUAAUACGUUGCAAUGCAAAUAAACUGUUUACUACUUCUAGCUAUUAGCCUGUUUUUGUACACAAAAAACAAGGUAGGCCCAGGAUAUCUAGAUUGCCAACAGGGAAAACUAUACCUGUAGUUAUACUUUCACAGAGCAUGUGGUUCUUUGGAGUUUAAGUUCCUUAUUUUCUGUGUUAGGAUAGAGCAGUUUUGUGUUGGGUGUGUGUAUAGAAAACCCCAUCUUUUUGACCACUCUUUCUUCACCCAGAGUAACUUAUUCCUGUAAACCAAUCACUGGUGGGAGAACCUCAGGUUGUAAGAUUUCUGUAGCUAAUGCAUUAAGAGAGCAAUAUAUGCCAUGGUAAAAAUGGGGGGAAAUAGCAGUGCUGGAUAAAUCGUUUUUCUCUUUCACUUCACUGUCAGACCAGCAUAGCAGAAAUCUUAAUAAUGGUUCUUUUUAAGCCAUGAAUGUUCAGUAUCUUUCAGCAUUGAAGCCCCAGCUGUCAAUGCUCUUUU